UUUUGUGACGUUCCUAUAAAUGCCGAGCGCGUGGCACUGGGCCACGCGCUCACUUGUGAAGAGCUCGCAAGGAGCACAAGCGGCGUUGGUGGCGGUGGUUCGCAACAUGAACAAUGGCAACCGCGUGCUCCACCCCCAGGUGGCUCCAAAGGGUGCUGCUGCUGCUGCUGUCGGCAGGCACGGUGCACGCACGCCAGACAUGCAUCCCCGUCAACACCACCAUACAACUGGAGCGCGCCGACUGCCAAGAAUGCACCGCCGUUAACACCACCACGUGCGCCGGCCAUUGUAUCACCUGGGAUUUGAACAGCCCCCUGGAGUUCCUGCUGCCGGCGACGGCGCCCAACAACCACGUGUGCACCUACGGGCGCGUGUCCUACCGCAGGGCCCUGCUGCGGGGGUGCCCCCGCGGCUCCGACCCGGCGCUCCUCUACCCCGUGGCCGAGGAGUGCCGCUGCUCAGCCUGCGACUGGCGCACCACCGACUGCACCGACCGCAGCCUCGAGCCCGGAUAUUGUCGCGGUGGUGGUGGCGGCGGGAGAAUGGUUUGA